CACCGGUCGCGUCCGUAAAACCAACCCUGUUGUAGAUUCAAAGCCAUCGGAUGAGUGUAAUCACGACUUGACGUGCACGCUCAUUUGCAGUGGCCGUUAAACGUCGUGACAUCAUUGUUUACCCACCGUGGUUUCCGGAUGUGGAGUACACGCAUUUGAUGUUACGAACGAGGAAUGUAAAUAGCAUGGUCAUCUGACUGUCAGCGAAGCUUGAAAACGUGGACUAGUUAGUCCGAUCCUUUUUUUGAGCGUAUGUUAUUCUUGAUGAACCUAGCAAACAGCAAGGCGAGUUUUCAAACAAGUGGGUAAUUUGCGGUGUCGGAAGUGGCUUUAUGGUCUGUUAUCACCGAAUAUGGUCACGCACAAAAAGUACGUUCUUGUUAGUUAGCUCUCACCUUCGGACAAAGCAGAAUUCAGCCUAACCAUUCAACACUGAGCAACCUGCUGAAAUCCUACAUAGUCAUCACUGUCACGAAGUAGAAACCAAGGGAGGAGGAGUCUGACUAACUGCCACUGUACGGUGACCUGUGCGUUGACGAAACAAACUCAGACACUAUCUAACAUUCAUCUGAGGCGUUAUUUGAUUCUGAACAGAAGAUACUGUGUAGUUGGCAAGAGACUAAGGUCAAACAACAUUUGGCCGAUUCCAUGUUUGUGGUUGUUCACUUUGGUUGUUCUGUUGCCUGAAGUUACUGAACGAUAUUAUUUGACUGGGAGCUUUAAGCAUAGUCAAACCUACCUACCUUCUUCCUGUAUCAUGAACAGGGAAAGGCUGCCUUGUCUUGUUGAAGGCUGAUAUUUUGUGAUAAUAUUUCUGGAAUAUCUACUUUUUUCUGUCACAAACCUGGUUUUGUAUUUGCAGUGAAUCUUGUCUCUCUGUCAAAAAGAGAGCUCUGUCACCUGGAAUCCCAAACUUGACUUGAGAUCAAAUGGGCCUUUGUAUUAGGUCCUUUGUACAAGCCUCUGUCUAAUGUGACUCCCAGAAGUAGCGAAAGUAAAGUCGCUCCCCCCUGCCCUCGCUCUGCCAAACAAGGGAGCUCCUCAGGAAUGCAGCAGUGACAGAAACAGCGCUCCCUCAAGGUAAAAACCCUGUCCGACACUGCCAGGUCACCUCCCAAACGCCACUACCCUCGUGUAAAGGGCUCAGAGAGACGUUUAGUUUGUGUGUUUUUGCAGCUUUUUAUUAGCUCUCAGAGGGUAGUCUUUGAAGCCGACUUGGCCUUACUUUUUAAUGUCUGGACAACAAAGUGCUACGGUCAGGAUGUCAGACGCCAGCAGUGAUGGAGUGGGUGGGGAGUUACUGAGCGUGUGCAGAGAGGACCUUCCCCUGGCAUCCACCAAGGCCAAAGACGGAAGCCUUCCACCAGCAGUCUCCACAGCGACGGAAGACUCCACCUCCUUGGUGGAUCUCCCGGGUUACGAAAACCCAGUCAAACUGCCCCCGGCCUCUAAAACCCCUCUGGUGGAGGCGGAGGGCCCGGUUAAACCUAGGGAAACUACAACUCCCACUCCAGCCAAGGAAACAACAACUCCCGGUGCACCCCAGGAGGAAGAGAGGAAGGGGGUGGAGGAGCGCUCCCAGUCCCAGACCACGCUUGGGGGCUCACAGGACAUGGGCCCGUCCUCCGACUCCGCCUCCUUCUCCAUCCCUAGCCUGGAGCUCUCGGACAUCACCCCUGGGAACUCCCUGGACGAACCCCUGUCCUCCUCCUACUCAGCCCUGGGCGUGGAGGGGCGCUCCCCCUCCGCAGACGCUCCCUGCCUGGGGGAGGAAGAAGCCCUGACGGGGGCUGGACCUGGGUUCACCACCCCUGCAGUUCCCCCACCGGCCACAGGGGGUGCCACAGCUGCCCCAGAGCCCGAGCCUGCGGCGCCUGCCUACUAUUUUGUGAAGUGGAUCACGUGGAAAGAGAAAAAGACGCCCAUCAUCACGCAGAGCGAGAACGGGCCCUGCCCCCUGCUGGCCAUCAUGAAUACCCUGUUCCUCAGGUGGAAGGCAAAGCUGCCUGCCCAGACAGAAGUAAUCACCACAGAAGACCUGAUGGCCCACCUAGGAGAAUGUGUGUUAUCUGUCAAGCCCAGAGAGAAGGCAGAAGGCAUGGAGCUGAACUUCCAGCAGAACAUGAGUGAUGCCAUGGCAGUCCUUCCCAAACUGUCAACAGGUCUGGAUGUCAACGUGCGUUUCACAGGCGUUACUGACUUCGAGUACACCCCAGAAUGCAUUGUGUUUGACUUGCUCAACAUCCCGCUGUACCACGGCUGGUUGGUUGACCCACAGAGUCCAGAGAUGGUGUCAGCUGUGGGGAAGCUGAGCUAUAACCAGCUGGUGGAGAAGAUCAUCGACUACAAACACUCAACAGACAGUAGCCGCGUCAGUGAAGGUCUGGUGUCGGAGCAGUUCCUGGAGUCCACGGCCACCCAGCUGUCGUACCACGGUCUGUGUGAGCUCAACACCACCGCCUCCGAGGGAGAGAUCUCCGUCUUCUUCAGGAACAACCACUUCAGCACCAUGAUCAAGCACAAGGGUCACCUGUACCUGCUGGUGACGGACCAGGGCUUCCUGCAGGAGGAGGGGCUGGUGUGGGAGAGCCUACACAACGUGGAGGGGGACGGGAACUUCUGCGACUCAGACUUCCGCCUCUGCCACCCCCCCCAGCGGCCCCUGGCCCCGCCCGUCUCCCUGCCCAGCCCGCAGCAGCAGCAGAGGCAGAUAGACCAGGACUACCUGGUAGCCAUGUCUCUCCAGCAGGCCCAGGGAGAGGCCCCGGGGCCCCUCAGUGACCUGGAGCUAGCUCGCCAGCUGCAGGAGGAGGAGUACCAACAGCAGCAGCAGCAGCAGCAACAACAGCAGGGCCCCUCCCAGCCCCACACACAGCAGGUCAGAGGUCAAGCUUCGGGUCAACAGGGAGGAUCGAGAAGACGAGAGAAGGACUCGGACUGUGUCAUACUAUAGACCUCCUCACCCCUCAUCCUGACCCCUCCCUCCUCACCCCUCCGCCUCACCCUGUUCCCCCACGGCCCCCUCCUGUCCAGCCCCGCCCAGGCAUGCUCAGUCCUGUCCUUUCCUGCCCAGCAACCAGUCUGUAACCAGGCCGUCUGCCACCAGUUAGUCUGUUACCAGGCAGUCAGUCUGUCACUAUGCAGUCAGUCUGUCACUAUGCAGUCAGUCUGUAACCAGGUAGUCUAUGACCAGGCAGUUGGUAACCAGGCAGUCAGUAACCAGGCAGUCAGUCUGUCACCAGCCUAGCUGGAUGUACGUGAGGCUUCAGGAGACUGAGUGCUGGAGGUGUGAGGGAGAGACCGGGGGGAUGUGAGCCAGGAUGGCGGUGCUGGAACCUGGAUCUGAUGUCACCCUCUCCUGGGGCCUGGAUGCCUCUCUGCUCACACGCGUGCUAAGAAGGUGGAGACGCUAACGCCUGUUUGGUUAAAUAUUGGAGCACAACAAAUCUCACCCUCACCCCUCACCCUCUCUCUACCUCCCCCCACUCUACCCCCAUCCCUCCCCACCCCCUCUAUCCAGCUCCACCCUCGAGGUCCUAGUCCAUCAGUUCUGUCUGGCUCGUGUCAGUCAGGACUGCCCCGGUCCAGUCAGGGUUUAAGAACAGGAGCCGUCCUGUCCAGGAGGGAUCUACUAUGUCAACAUUCCUGCCUCCCCCCUCCAACCCCCACCCCUACCCCCCCCCCCCUCCACCACCACCUGAGGGAUGCACCCAGUGCCCUGCUAAAGUGCUUUAACACAUCUUAAUUACCGGGGGGGGGGGGGGGGAAGAGUACUUUAACACAUAAAAAUGAUCUGCAAGUGGAUUUUAAUAUGCUAAAGUACAUCAAUAUGCUACAGUACUUUGAUAAUGCAUAGGGGGGGUACAUGCUGAAGGGGUGUUGGGUCCUGGAAGGUGAUCUUUCGCCCCCGUGUGGCGAGCAGAGGAAGCGCAGGGGUCUGUUACCUAGUAAAUAUGCGAGAGAGCGGAGAUCUGGGAGGUGUUUUCGGAGUGUUAUGAGGACAGCUAGCUCAGUCACUAGGCUCUGUUGUGGGUGUUUGUGAUUAUUGUCGUUGUUGAAGGAUUGUAGCAGUUAUAAAGAUGCAAUUGUGGACCUUUACUGUCAAAUGAAGUGUAUAGCAGAUCUAGUACACUGUAAAGUGUACACCAGCACAGGAAGGAUGCAAACCGCGAUCCUGCACUUUUCAACAGAAAGUGGACAAGUGCACACUUGAGGAGGAAGGCAGCUGGGCCUUAUUAGUAGCUUUAGGGGAGGGGCUUUAUGGGAGGGGGAGGGGCUUACUGCAACACUAGACCACACCCACUUAUCGCCAAGUCUUAAUUGCCGCCACCUAUUUUUGCUUUGUAUGUAUUUAAUGUUAUGAUGUCACCACGUCAGUAAAGGAAAAUCA